AGUUUUCUUCGUAUCGAUCGAUAGAUAUGUCUUCCAGUCUCCGCGGUUCUGAACAGCCCCCGAAGCAAUGGAGGAAGAUUGUCAUUCUUUUUGGACCUCCUGGUGCCGGCAAGGGCACUCAAGGCCCCAAGAUGGAGGAAACUUACAAGAUUCCCCAGCUUUCUACCGGUGACAUGCUCCGAGCUGCCGUUGCGGCUGAGACUCCUAUCGGACUUAAGGCCAAGGAUGUGAUGGCACGUGGCGAGCUCGUCAGUGAUGAGAUCGUCAUUGGAAUCAUCAAGGACAGGAUCCAGGAGAUGGAUGCUGGUUGGGGUUUCAUCCUUGAUGGUUUCCCGCGAACUGUCGAACAAGCUACCGCUCUCGACGCUAUGCUCGCCGAGAACGAGGAGCGUGUUUCUAAGGUGAUCGUUCUCGAUUUGCCCGACUCGGUGCUCGAGGAGAGGAUCUGCGGUCGAUGGAUACACAAGCCUAGUGGACGUUCCUAUCAUGUCAAGUUCAACCCUCCGAAGUCUCUCCCUGCUGGUGCCAGCCCUGACGCCACCAACAUGCUCGAUGACGUGACCGGCGAGCCUCUCAUACAGCGUCCUGAUGAUACCGCUGAGGCACUCAAGACUAGAUUAUCUGCUUAUCAUUCUCAAACUGAACCGAUCGUAGCGCACUACGCCCCGACUAACGUAGUCAAGCAUGUGAACGCCAACCAAGGCAUGGAGAAGGUUUGGGAGGAAAUCCAGACGGCUAUGAAAGCUUAAACAUUUAUGCUUUUGUUGCUUCUAGCUUUCCG